AUGAAGGGAUGGCUCGACUACCAGAACGAUUUGUGUCCCACCAUCGACCGCGUCGUCCCCUCCCAAAUCCAAGUGACCACCUCCGACUACGUGAACGUCACCAUCCAAAAUGUUGGCGAGGCCAAGGGCAAGCUGCGAUGCCAGUUUCGAUUUACAUCUCCAUACGACCAGGUUGUCGACGUCGAGCCGCCAAAACAUCACGGAGGCUCGGAUGGUACGAUCCGGUGCGCGACACCAUCUCUCAGCCGCAUUCCGCCUAUUCCGGCCAAUCAAUCUUACCUCGUCGCUGCUCUGGCAAUUACGCCAGAAGGACGUACGGCUCCUAUUGCCACCACCAACUUUACCUUCUACGAUUGUGGGAAGUAUAAGAGCUGCUCGGAGUGUACUAGGAGCCAAUUCCCAUGCGACUGGUGCCUCGAGUCGAACGAGUGUGUCGACGGGAAGUUGACGGAGGACAGAUGCCGUCAACAGAACUUCAUCAAUGGCAUCGCGCGAAAAGGCCAAUCCUCCCGCCAGGGCCCCAACCACUGCCCCUACAUCAAGGCCCCGCACGGCAAGAUGUUUGUCGGAGUUGGGGAGAAGCGGAACGUCUCCGUGAAGGUGGCCAACCUCGACCCGUCCGUCAUGCACAAAUUCCGGUGCUCAUUCCGCAUCGGGCAGCAGCUCCACGAGAAACAGGCCGCACUUGUUGAUGAUGACACCAUUGUCUGCGAUGAGAUGCGCUUCAACCAGCCCGAGCUGAAGAUGAUCAGCGGCACCGCCCCGGUGGACUUUCAAGUGAAUUGGUCAUCUCCAACUUCGGACGUGACGCACGCGUUCGAUAACGUCAACGGGACGGCUGUUGAGGUAUAUCGCUGCGAGGAGCUGGCUUCAAACUGCGGGCUCUGCUUGUCCCUCGACCCCACCAAGUUCGACUGCGGCUGGUGCGAGAAGGAUGCAAAAUGCGUACGACCCCGUGCCUGCCGUUGGCGAAGCCCGAGUGAUUGGCUGAACUCGACGCAGCUUUGCCCUCACCCCGUGAUCAUCUCCUUCGACCCGAAGAAAGGCCCGGCUCACGGCAACACGAAGAUCCGCGUCACCGGCGUGAAUCUCGGACGUUCAGCUGCUGAUCUUCGUGGAGCUGUCCUAGUUGCGAACGUCCCCUGCACCGUCCAAACAGCAGACUUCAUCUCGCCAUCCGAGUUCUAUUGCACGACGAAAAAUGCCCCAGGCGUCGGCUAUAAGGGCCCGAUGAUCCUGAAACUUCAAGAUUCCCCCAUCUACUCUGUGGUCACCACCGAGCAGUUCAGCUACGUCGAGCCGAAGAUCCUGGGCGUGGACCCGGUGGAAGGGCCGACAUCAGGCGGCACCGACCUCGUGCUCAACGGCGAGAACCUGGACCUCUGGCUCCGAGAUGAAGAUCAAAAUCGGAGGGUCCGCGUG